AUGGCGGCAGUCCAAAUCACCGGAAUAACCCGGGUCAACGGUGACGCCAACAAUUAUGACAUUCGGCAAGGAUUCGGAGCGGCAGAGACUUUCACAGUCCGCAAUGAUGAUGCCAUCUUCAACACCGCUGACGCGGUCCCUGCUCCUCCAACCGAGGCAGCGCGUCCAGCAGCCUUUCUGUUUGCCGCCGCCAACAUCCCCCUCACCGUCAACGGCACGUACGGCUUCCCCGUGGGCCUGGCCGCGUACCGUCUGAGGGGUGACGGGCCGGGCGGCUUCCAGAUCACGUCGCAAAACUUCAACGCCACCGGUGUUGCCGGCGGUGCUGCUGUUCCCUUCACUGCUACCGUCUUCUCUCAUGCCGGUCCUCAGCCUGCGUCUCCGUUCAAGGUCGCCGGCGAUUGGACCUGGACGAUCCUGCCUGCAGCUGGCGGCGGCGGCAUUGCCACCAGCGCCGGCACUCGGCUCGAGGUCUACUUCAUGCUGGGCGACCACGAUGUGCCUUUUCCGUUUGCCGCCACGCAGAUUCUCGAGCUCAUACGGCUCUCGUUUCCCACCUACGGCACCAUUGCUGGCCAGCCGUGGGCCAAUAUUGAGGGCCCGCUGAUCUGGGAAAUCACCCAACGGCUCUGGCUUCUUGGGAGACCCGGGCUUUUCUAUGACUCGACAUUCGCAACGGGCGGGGCGGCGCAGCACCUACUCGGCACAAACUUCAACCUCGAAACCAUGGUAUCGACAGUCGGGGUGCGUACGUGCAACUGCUACGACCUGGCCAGCCUCGUCAAGCUAGCUCUCGGCUCGCUUGGCAAGAAACCGGACCCCGCGAACAAUGGUGCCGAGAUUCCGGUCAUCUCCAACGUGCGCAUCGUAGCCGACGAGCCAUGGGGCUACAUCCCCUCGGGCCCGCUCUUUGGGUGGUCCGGCUCGCUGGCGCACCAGUGCAACAACCCCUUUUGGAUCAACCGGGGCGGUCCCGGCGUCCACGCGGCACCCCAGGUCCCGCAAAUGGAUCCGCAGCGCACGGCGUUUCGCGCCCACUGCUACACGACGUUUACCGACCACGCCGGUGUCGUGAGGCCCAUUGAUGUCUGCCAUGCCGUGAUCAAUCCGGCGGGCGGGCUCAAUCUCACGGGCGGAGCUGUUGACGUGCCGACCUACCAGGGCGGCUCGAUCCAGGCGGGACCUGUCGCGUAUGGGCCGCCAGUGCCGCAGAAUGUGGUUGUAAACUGGGUCCAGCUUUGA